AUGUGCGAUACUCUACAAUGCAAUCCCGGGUUAACUAUGGGUCGAAUCGCUCGUGGUAACGAAAUCGCCGUCAAAGACGCCGGAAUCUCCACCAAGCACCUCCCUCUAAACCCAUACACGCCGAUAUUUCUCCGAGAUGGAGACAUCAUCGAAAUCGGUAAGUGUACAUCAAUCGUCGUCAAUUUUGUGACUGAUGUUCUAGAGCAUAAGCUUCCUAAAUCACUGGAAGAAAAGGGUUUGGGUGUAGGAAUUGAGGUUGAGCCGAUUUCUAGGGUUAGGAAAGAAGAUAAGGUUCAGAGAAAUUGGAGUUUUGAUUCAUGUGUGAACGCAAUUGAAGUGGAAACUGAGAAUGCCAAGAACAGUAAUGAUACUACUAAAAGGAGCAAGAAGAUUGAGAUUGUAGCAGAAGAAGCUAUAAAGGAGAAGAGUGUUACGAUGGCUACUAGAAGCAACAAGAAUCAAACUCAAACUCCAAAUCAAAUGUCUUCCAAUGACUUCUCUUCAUUCAAUGAAGAAACUUCAGUUAACAAUGGCUCUAGUUUCUCCUUAGGAAGUGUUUCUCCUUCAGCGUUCCACCCGAACCGAGAUCAACUCCUUGAAAUAGAGAGAUUGAGGCAGGAGAGAGACGCUACAAUCGAGAAAUUGGCUAAGAUCCGUCAGGAGUUCGAGGGACCCAACACCUUCUUGGUGUUCUUGCAGAAGAAAUUUCCGGAUUCUUUUCGGCCAAAGAGAUAA